AUGAUCAUGCAGUUUAUCUGUAGAGACAACUGUCUGGUCCUGGCUGUUACUCCAGCUAACAUGGACCUGGCCAACUCUGAUGCGCUCAAACUGGCCAAGGACGUCGACCCUCAGGGUGAGACCAGACAGGGACACAACAUGUCUCCCUGCAGAACAUUGCCAAAUGGUCCAAAUAAUCACUACAUUGGAAUAUCAUUUGACUACAUGAUGAGAGGUACUAUUUUACUUUCUUUGUCAUUGUUUUCCACCAGGCCAGCGGACAAUAGGGGUGAUCACUAAGUUAGAUCUGAUGGACGAGGGAACAAAUGCCCGGCACAUACUGGAGAACAAGCUACUGCCACUAUGCAGAGGUACGUGUGUGUGUGUGUAUGGAGAUAAUAUACCCAUGACAUUCUCAUAAUGUUCUCAUAACGUCCCCAGAAUUUUCCCAUAACGUCCCCAUAAAAUCCCUUUUAUGGAAUAAGUUAGGUCAGAGCCAUCUAUUUAGAGAGUUCGGCAAGGUUUUAGAACGGCCGCCAUGUUAGCACCUUUAUUCUCCAAAUGUUGGUGCUGUAACAAUAGGAGAGCGCCUCCAACAGUUCCCUAUGGAAUGACCCGCUGUAAACAAGCAAAAGAGAGCAGCGAAUUUAGCAUUUGGGAUAAUGUGUAUCCAAUUCUGUACUGUGUUGUGGUGUCAACAAAUUGCAUAUCUGCUUUCACUAGACAUCUUCACAGGUUUUAAAAACUAUCAGAAAUAAACAGCACAACGCGGAAGCAUCAAUUAUCACUUAGCAAUGGCUAUGGAGGAGAAAGUUGCACUCUCAGAGCGUUCAGACAGAAACCGCAUUGGCCCAACUCUCUAAAUAUAUGACUCUGGCUUAGGUAGGUUAGUGUAAGGAGCAUAAUUACACAUUACAAUACACUACACUUCCACACGCCAUCCCCAGGUGGUAGCACCAACCAGGUCAGGUGAUUGUGCUCUGCCAGGAAGCCUUGAUAAUUCCUCAGGUGCAAGCGAUGUAGAGGAUUUUGACUCAGUGUGAGAGAGGAGGGCAGAAUCCUUUCAGCCGGCCUUUGUUUGUUUCUUUGUGUUAAUUAACCUCUUUAGUUGGGCAUGCCUUUCUGUAGUUUGGUUUUUGUACAUAUGUAUUUUGUCUCCAUGAACGUAUGAAUACUAAUCUGCUUGGACUGGCUGAUUAUGGGAGUCAUGACUGAGUAGGCCCUGGACCUAAGGUAAGGUGGCUGUCUAAUGGGUACAUGGACAUUCAACACCUGGUCGCAUAUGCUUAUAUCUCACAUUUAUGCACACAUCAAAUCAGGUUACAGACCAUGUAGCUAGGCCUAAGACCCCUAGACAUAACAAGUGCAGCAAAAUCAGUAGGCUAGUCAAUGGUUUCGUAACAAUCCCCAUAACGUCCCCAGAAUGUUCUCAUAACAUCACCAUAAUGGUUCCAUAACAUCACUGUAACAUUCCCAUAACAUCUCCAUAACGUCCCCAUAAUGUUGUCAUAACGUCCCCAUACUGUUCCCAUAACAUCCCCUUAAUUUCCCCAUAAUGUUCCCAUAACAUCACCAGUGACCAGGCUGUGCUGAGGUAAGUGUUGAAAUGGAGGCUUGAUGUCCUACUGCCAUGCUGAGCUCAUGGGGUUGUGUUACAGUAUUACAAUCAGUGGCAGCCUGCCCCGGGAUAGUGUGUGUGUGCCCGGGUCAGGGUCUAGGCUGGGUAAAGCUGUGCCAGGUCCUUCAUGCUUGCUCCUUCAGAGGUAAUGCAUUAGACAUGGAGCCUACUGUUAGUGCUGCUGUUACAGUAGAGAGAUGAGAUUUGAGCUGCCUGAAUGAAACAUCUGCUGGCCCUGCUGAAAUCAGAGGACCUUCUGAAUCUGAACCCUGCCCUCCAGAGAUGUAUUGGAUUGUAAAUCAUGGAGACACAGUUUACACACAUUUUACUCCUCCUCUCCUCUCCUCUCAUCUCCAGGUUACAUUGGGGUGGUGAAUCGUAGUCAGAAGGACAUUGAUGGGAGGACGGGCAUUAAGGCAGCUCUGGCUACAGAGAGGAAGUUCUUAUUGUCUCACCCUGCAUACAGACACAUGGCUGACAGCAUGGGUACCCCGCAUCUACAGAGAAUCCUCAACCAGGUACACAAACACACACCCACACACACCAUGUGGAUAUCUUUUGAAACUAGCCAGAGAUCAAAUUAGAUGUUUCUUUUUGUGUGUGUGUGCAGCAACUGACCAACCACAUCGGAGACAGUCUGCCAGCGUUCCGCAGUCGUCUCCAGAGCCAGCUCCUAGUGCUGGAUAAAGAGGCUGAGGAGUACAAACACUAUAGAGUUGACGACCCCGCACGCAAGACCAAGGCCCUGCUACUGUCAGUUCAGACACACACACACACAGAUUAUAAAACAAUGCAUGCAAGACCAAGUUAGCAGUGUGUAUUAAGUUAGCUGUGUGUGUGUGUACAGGCUGAUGCAGCAGUUUGCAGCAGACUUUGAGAAGCGUUUCGAGGGCUCAGGAGAGCAGGUGGACACUAUAGAACUGUUUGGAGGAGCCAAGAUCAACUGCAUCUUCCACGAACACUUCCCCUUCGAACUGGUCAAGGUCAGGCUGGGGGUCUCUGUGCGAGUCUCCACUCUUUUCCUCAGUGUGUGUCACCUCCUCUUACUGUGUGUGUAAGUUGAUAGAGCAUGGUGUUUGCAACGCCAGGGUUGUGGGUUCGAUUCCCACGGGGGGCCAGUAUAAAAAAAUAUGUAUUCACUAACUGUAAGUCGCUCUGGAUAAGAGCGUCUGCUAAAUGACUUAAAUGUAAAUGUAAUAUGUUUUGUCUCUAGUUGGGUUACUUUCCCAGACUGCGAGAGGAGACGGAGAUAAUUGUGACCACACAUAUCCUGGACAGAGAGAGUCGAGGUAAAGACCAGGUCACUCACACACAUACACACACACCCCUAUAGAUAGGUAUAAUAUUGUGACUGUGUGUGUGUGUGUGUGUUCUCUGUACAGGUCCUACUGCUAAUCGAUGUACAGUCGGCCUACAUCAACACUAACCAGGAGGACUUCAUUGGCUUCGCUAAGUGAGUUCUCCCUGGUGAGUUAUCCCUGGUGAGUUCUCCCUGGUGAGUUCUCCCUGGUGAGUUCUCUCUGGUUAGUUCUCCCUGGUUAAUUCUCCCUGGUUAGUUCUCACUGUCUAUGUUUUCUGGUCAUCAUCAUAUGUGUGUUGGACAUGAUGAUUAAAUGGAGAAAAAUGGUUGACUGUGUGUGUGUGUGUGUGUGUGUGUGUGUGUGUGUUUGUCCCAGUGCGCAGCAGAGGAGUGUUCAGACCAAUAAGAAUAGCGUUGCAGGAAACCAGGUGAGUUUCACACAGCUCAGUGACUUUAUAUUAGGUGAUGAAUGGCUUGGGUUUUACUCUCUAAUGCUAAUACGUGUGUUAUGAGAAGUUAACAAAUGUUUACAACUGGACUGGACUGGCAACUGAACUGGACGUUUACUGUAUGUAGAAGGAACAGGUGAAACUGCCUGGUAACAGUAAUGUUGUGUCAGCUCCAUCCUAACCUCCCUGUUCUUUCUUCUCUCUGUUGUCUCCUGUUCCAGGGUGUGUAACCUCCCUCCAGUCUAAUAAUAGGAGCAGUCCAGUCUCUGUGAGGCUAAGCCCUCACUACUCCCACUGGGAAACUGUUUGUACCUCUCACUGGUCGUCGCCUGUUCACCAACCUCUUUAAACCCACAGCUCCACAGCUCUCUUUUCUACCGCUUUUCCACAGGCUGCACUCUUUGCCUCUACUCCUUUUGGCUGCACUCUACUCCAUUUGUGUUUGUGUGGACGCCCGUGUGUAUGUGUACGUGUGUGUAAGCAGCACAAAAUGGCGCUGAGUUGUAAACUUGGCUCAGAUCCUAGCCCAGCUGUCUGGUCACUCACUUAACACAAGCACAGACCCUGGUCUGCUACACAAGGGAGAAAUGGAGGUGCGUGCGCGUGCUCAUGUGUCACCGCCCUGGUGUGUCUCCAGUGUGUGAAGCAGGAUGUGGGUCAUCUCUCCUCUCUCUGCCAUCUCAUCCUUCCGUAUCUCUUCACUUUCUCUCCCUCCACCUCUCUAUGCCUCAUCUUCAGCCACCUCAUCCCCCAUUCUCUCACUUCCUCCUCACUUCUCUUUCAUCCUCUGUCAAAUGUGUCCCUUUUUAGCUGUCAGCUCUUUUCUUCCUUCCUGUUCUCUCUUCCUGUCCUCCUCACUGCUCUCUCUCCCAGUCGUAUCACUGAGCUCACAGUUUCUCUCUCCCACUGUUCUUCAAAAGCUGUGUUUUUCUGUAUUUCUUUGUACUAUUUUACCAAACUGUACCUUCCAUGUCUUCUUUAUCAUUUCUAAUGUUUUUUUCCCCCGUCAUGCUCUUUGUGUGUUGUUCAGAGAAAUAUGGUAAAGGCAUGGGCAGAAAUUACCACUAGUGAUUUAAUGACUGGCUAGGUGAGGGGACAUUUAACUUUUCUGACUGAUCCUUGUUGUCUCAACAGCUGAUAUCUCUGUGCAUGCAUUACGGUAUCCCACUCAAUCUCUAUGCAUGUAUAUGAAUCUCUGUCUGUGCAUGUAGCAUGCAGUAUCUCUGCUCUCUCCCACACUGUGACCCAUAUGUAAGAUACAUCAUCACACCAUCUCUCUCUUUCUCCAGCUCCACAGAACCUGCACCUGCCUCUCUCGAUCUCUAAACCCCCCAGCUCAGAGCCAGGGUGCAGAGCAGAGCACUACAGGGAUAGUUCACCCAGACCACAUAUUUGCUUCUCUAUUUACAGCAUGGUAACAUGACUCUUACCACUCCCAUUGUUUUAGCUUAACGAUGAUAAUGCUAGGCUAUAGCUAAGUAGACAUACAAACCCAGAUCGUAGCUAGCUGACAUUAGGGGUUCAUAGCCUACUGUCUUUGUAUCCAUGAGAUGAUGUAACUUUGUAAUUUGAGUGAACUAUACCUUUAAGCCCUCCCACCUUAACCUCCCUCAGUCCCUCCCCAUGCCCCUGACAUCACCCCUGACUUCUGACCUCUCUCUACAGGUCAUCCGUAAGGGCUGGCUUACCAUCAACAACAUCAGUAUCAUCAAGGGCGGGGCCAAGGAGUACUGGUUCGUCCUGACUGCUGAGAGCCUGUCCUGGUUCAAGGAUGACAAGGUGAGCACAGAGUCACUGAUCUGGUCUGGUGAUGAGACUACUGAAGCUGCUAAAGGUUUACUACCGAGGCUUACUAAAAAAACACACCUGAGUACCCCAGAACAACACACACUCCUUUAUUACACACACAUUUCUGUUAGGUACAAAACAUCUCCAAAUACUACUGUCUUAUGCAGUAAGGGAAGGGAGAUUGGAAUACAGGGAAAGUAGAAAAGACAUGGGCAGCUAAAGUUAGAUUCAUCAUCAUCAAGCAUGAAGUCUGGGGUGUACUGGCUGGCGUUGGCUGUGGGAGCUGUCCAUCAGGCUGUAGGUGCGAUGUGGUUGGUCCGUGGGUCAGUGGGGCGGCUGCCAUCUGUCUGCCUGUCUGUGCCUGCUGUACAGGAUAGGAAGGUCUGCACAGCAAGUGUAGACAGGCAGACACAACACAACACUCUCUCUCAGCCUAGCACAGCACUGCUCGCUCAUGAUGUCCACAGACUGUGUGUUUGUCGGUGUGUGUUUGAGUGUGUGUCUUGGGAUGGGCUGGGCUGUAACUUAGGUAACUCAAAUGCACACAUGUAAGUACAGUACUGGCCCAAUACUACUUCAACUAAGUCCCCCUAUUCCCUCCCUCCCUCCCUCCUCCAUCCACUCUUCCCCCUGCUUCCUCCUCUGGGAGUUGAGGCAUUUGGAGCAGUUCACUCUGACACAGCUGGAGCCAAACCAACACACACACACACACACACACACACACACACACACACACACACACACACACACACACACACAGACACACACACACACACACAACUCCUUAAUAAUUCAUUUAUCGCCAAUCCUAGUCCACUCACAUGGGUAUGAAACCAACUAUUAUCUCAGUAACAUAGUCUCUUCUAACAGCGGUGUGUCUGACAGCACUACUGAAAGGAGAGCUACUAGCAGCCUGGCUGGUACAGGAGGUUCUAGUGCCAGGUUAACAUAACCCCUCUGCUCUGCUAUGCCUUCUCUUUGACAAUAUUACCCACUACAAUAUUAGACUUUACUACACAGAUUAUACUUCAGUGUAGUUACAGGUAUGCUAGGAAAGGUGUGAUAAUCUCUGGUGAAAUAGUAAUCAUAACUCUUUCUUUUUCAAAGGGAAACGGGGUAGACUGACAAAAGAUGUCAACCUCUUUUCCCUUUCAGAAUAGGGGAGAGUGAGGUAAGUUGAGCAGAAGGGGUAAGUUGAGCCACCCUUGUUUCUAGGAAACCAUACACAAAAUGAGUCAUUUGACCAAAUAUUUACGAAGAGGUCAUAAUUUCAUGGAGUCUGUGAAGGAAGAAACCACAUGGAAAAAGUGGUAAGCAAGUUAGGUCCAAAAAACAGAUUUUCACCAAGUCAAAUGAAUGUAUUGUGUUAGAGGUUUCAUGAUGCUUGUAUCUAAACGAAAGUACAUACUUUCAAGAUUGUUCUAUACAUCAGUCGUGGUCUCUAUAAGCUUCAAUAUGAGGUCUUAAACCUAGCAUGACAGUGCAUCUUGUAGCUAUAGUCAAAAUAUUUGCCUUGGGGUAAGUUGAGCCAAUGGGUGAGCCAAUGACAAGAUGAGCAAAUUAAAGAGUUUUCUUCCCAGGCGUAAUGCAAGGCAUUAUCACUGGGAUAUGAGGUAACAACAGGGCCUGGCCUAUGUUAAAACUGUUUAAAAAAAGUACAAAGUGUUUGUUAGCUGUUAAGCCUAUGUUAAAAUAUGCUUAAAAUUAUUAAAAUACAAAAAAGCUAUUGUGAUUGUGUUGAUUUGUGUUUGGGAAAUAAAGAUAGAUAUGGUUUUAAAAAGGUAGAGGUAAAGUAUAAUUCAGUACAGACAUUUGUAGACGGCUUAACUUACCCUGUCCCGCGGCUCAACUUACCCCAUACCCCGGACAAGCUAUGUUUUCAAAACUGUAAUGUUUACAUGAAUUCUGAUUUUCCAGGGAUACACAACAUCCUGAAAUAUACAGUAUGUAGAUAUCUUUGUUAGAAAGAAUACUAAAUGUCCCUUGACGGAGUGAUGCUGAAUGUUAAAAAUGGCUCAACUUACCCCACUCUCCCCUACUGUUAGUUCAGGAGGAACCCUGUGUUCUCUCCAUGCCCCUUGUGUGUAGUAAAUGAUCCUUACUAUCACAGCUAUGUCACCAUGCUGCCCCAACACCACUGUAGGCCACAAACACACUCCUCUCAGAGUUAGACCCAGGCCAAGCUUCUCUCUCGCAAAGCCUACUGUUUCCAUCCACUGUUUCCCCCUACUUUCUCCACAAAGUUUUCUAGUUUUCUUUCCCCAUUCCCCUCCCACACUUUUCCCCCUCUCUUUUCUUUCUUUCUCUGGCCCUCCUUCUCUAAUUCCCCCCCCCCCUCUGUCCUUCUCUUUCCCUACCUUUUCCCGCUUUCUCCCUCCUAUUCCCCCUCUCUCUUUUUCCCUUUCCUUCUCUCACUCUCUCCCUCCCUCUCUCUCUCUCUCUGGUUGGCAGUCUCUCUGGGCCUGUACACAUUCCUGGCUGGAGAACUCAAGGUUUAGUCCAAACACCCGCUUAGCUUCCAACAUCUAUCCUGAGAAAUCCCACAUGGCUGCUUCUACACCUCCCCCUCCUCCCUGUUCUCCCCCCUCAGACUCCCACUCACAACUCAAUGUCCUCCCUCAUCUCCCCCUUCCACAAAUACUGAUCACCUAGCCAAACCACUAGACUUCAGACUCCCUUUCUCUCUCUCACGCUCUCUUUUUCUCCAUCUCAUUCAAUCAUUUCUCACCACAGUAUGGUCACACUUAGUUAUUUUCCUCACAUAAACACACAAAUACACAAACUGUACCCACUCACAGACACAAACACAAACUCCCUCCCAUAUUUGCUGCUCACGCUCUCUUAAUCUACACAAUGGUUCCUAAUCUACACACCAAGACAAUAAGUAUAGACUCUACUCUCCAUACAUUUAAUCUAGACAUAAUGUAUACACACUCAUCUCCACACACUAAUCAGUGUAUAAUCGCUUAAAACAGAUGUACAUUCCUCCCUCCCUCCCUCCCUCUCUCCCUGCCUGAGGCCUGACGUGCAGCCUGAGGAAAAACAGAUGACCUACGCCCAUACACUCACCCUAUACACUAGGGCUGGGAAUUGCAAGGGACCUCACCAUUCAAUAUUAGCACGAUACUUAGGUGCCGAUACGAUAUGAAUUGCCAUUCUCACGAUUCUCUAUUUUAUUGCAAUCCGAUGUUCCAAACAUAUUGCUCACCAUGUCUGCUGCAGAGAGACACGAGAGAGCAUGAGGAAACAAGUUUUGAUCUCUCAUGGAAAUAAAAGAGCUGAAAACAUGUUGGCUCUGUAUUUAUAAGGAAGAUGGCGAACAAGCUAUAGGAUGAAAAAUACCAGAGUUUUGGCUCCGGUACAGCCGACUAGCGGUAGCUAAUGCUACCUAGUAAAAAAAAAAGCAUUGAUAUUUGGAGUCAAAGUAUCAAUAUAAUAUCGUAAAAAAAUAUAUUGCGAGAUAUAACUGUAUGGAUUUGUCCCCCAUCACUGCUAUACACACACUCCCAUACAACACAUACUCCCCCUAUACACUAUAAAUACACACACACACAUACAUGCACCCUAUACACAUGCUCCCAUACAACACCCAUACACUCACCCUACACUAUCCACACACAUUCCAAUACAGCAACCAUACACAGUAUGGUGUCUGUGUUGGGCCUGCUUGCUAUAUCACACAAUGAGUCUGCAGAGAGGCCCAGUUUCAGAUAGAGCAGCUCUGAUGUAUGAUCCACCAUGAGCAGCCUGACACACACACACACACAAUGAACUAUCGUACUGACCACUGACAAAUAUAGCAGGCUUCUGGGAUUUCGUAACACACACAGAACAACGUAGUAGUAGACAGUGAAAGACAAACCAACAAAGACAAACUCAUACAUCUAGUCCCCAGUGUGAAUGUGCAUGCGUGUGUGUAUAUGCUUGUGUGUGUGUUUGAGAGAGAGUGAUGGAAGGCAUUCCUUGCCCAGUCUAACCAAUGUGCAGACUACUGUACACCAGUAAGACCCUGAACAGGUAGUCUGAACACUGGGACGACGGAACAGGACUCUCCUCUCCUCCUUUAUUUCUCCCUUCCUUUCUCUUUCCUUUUUUCUCCGUCCAAGGUGUUGAAGUAGGUGGUGGAGUAGAAAGAUGUCUCCUCUGCUCUCUCUACUUUUUAUCUUUCUUCUUCUCUCCUUCCUUUCUGUUCUCUCGUUUUUCACCCGUCCAAAGUUUUGGUUGACAAACUAGGUAAAAGAUUCUCAUUGUCUCCUCUCCUUUCUCGUCCUGAGUGAAGGGUGAGGGGUCACACGCACGCAUGUGUGCACACACACUGGCUGUCCCCUUCUAUGGGUCUGGGUCCUGUUCUGGUCGCAGCCCGGUGUGUGUGUGUCAGGUCCUUGUGUGUGUGUGUCGGGGGUCCGAGGGGCUGCGUCCGAGCGAGCAGAGUAUCCAGCCUCGACGUGGCACAUUCACUUUCAGCACUGGGGAUCUGCCAGUGCACUUAGGGAAGGCAUAACGAAUAAAGGGAGAGAAGAAGGGAGAGAGGGAGGGACUGAGGCGCCAUAUAUGGGUUGAUGGGACCCUUGGGAAUCAACUUUGGAGUGGUCUGCAGUUUCUCUCCCCUUCUCUCUCUCUCUCUCUCUUUCUAUCUCUAUCUCUUUCUCUAGAUACCUCUCUCCCACUCAUCUCAGUCAAAACUCACCUCCACUCCUCCGUCUGUCCUCCCUCUCUUCAAUCUCUCCUCUAUUUAUUUUCUCCAUUGGAAUCCUCUCUCUCAGAUCUCUCUUUCUCCUCUCUCUCUCUCUCAAGCAGUACCAGAUGUUGUCGUCUGUCGACGCGCCAGCUUCGUUCGAUAGUUGGUUUCUGCCUCUCUAACAGGAAGUGGGCCCCUCUGGAAAAAAUAGAAAAAGAAAUGAAGGAAGAAAGUUGCGGGGUUCAGGAGAGUCCAACACACACACACACCCAAGUGUUUGUGAGACAGACGUGCACCUUUACGUCUAUUUAUUUUUCUGGGUAGGCCAUACCUACAUCUCUCCUUUUCUCUUUCUCCAUCAUCCCCCUUCUCUCCAUCUCUCCUUCUGUCCCUCCUCUCCUCCCUCUCUCCGCUGUACUGUAACUGUAGCCGUUUCCUGAGGCUGGUAGUGGCAGGUAGCCUAGCGGUUAAGAGAGAUGGGCCAGUACCCGAAAGGUUGCUGGUUUCGAAUCCCAGAGACGACUGGGUGAAAGAUCGGUCAAUGUGCCCUUGAGCACGGCACUUAACCUUAAUCGCUCCAGGGUCGUCGUCAAUGAUGGCUGAUCCCUGGCUGUGACCCCACUGUCUCAGGGGGAAUGGAUAUGCAACAAAACAAAAAUCCAAUACACGUGUGAAAUAGGACAAAUGUAAGCACCCACCUAAUUAUUAUUAUUAUUAAAAGUGGGAGCAGGGUGGAGGAGCGAGGGGUAGCAGGGUGGAGGAGAAAAAUGGGGGAGAAGGGUGGAGGUGAGGUGAGGAGAGGAAUGUUUUGUUUUAGAGCUUCACUCUAGAGUAAUGACUUUCACAUGUGGGCCUGCUUCUCCCCCCCCCCCCCCCCCCCCCCCCCCCGUCUCUCUCUCGCUCUCUCUCCUUCUAUUUCUCUCUCCUCUAUUUUUUUCCCUGUUUUUACAAUUUGUCUCUCAUUAUCUUUCACUCCCUCCAUUCUUUUCCACUAUCCCCAUAUUUUCUCUCAUUCUCUCUGCUUUGCUUCAUUUCUCCAACUGUUUUCUUUCGUUCAAAAUGUGUAGUGGUGAUGACAGUGUAAACUAAUGCCCUCCCCCCAAACACACACACACACACACACACAUCCCUGUAAAGUAGAAAAGUCUAAUCCCCUUAUUUAUCCUAGCUAGCUCUGUUUCUGUUUCUCUGCGGUUUCCAUCAUAGAGAGGAAUGUUAACAAAUCAAUGAGACUCCACCCAUGUUAUACUAGAGCAGGCCUAUUCAGUUAUUGCUUUUCUUUCGUUUUACAUUUUCUCUACAUGCUGUUUGUGCUUUCACCAGAUCAGUAGACCCAUCAAUGAAUGAUCCCUUCUUACAUCUCCUUACGUCUCCAUCCUUCCCCCACUCACUUUCUCUCUCCCUCCAUCCCGAUCCCGAUUCCACCUCAGGAGAAGAGAAGAAGUACAUGUUACCGUUGGACAACUUGAAGCUGAGAGACGUGGAGAAGAGCUUCAGGUCCAGUAAACAUGCCUACGCCAUCUUCAACACCGAACGGAGGUGUGUGAGUGUGUGUUGAAGUGGUGUUAUGUGAGACUAGUGUAUGACAGGCAUAUCUGAAAGAGAUUGGGGGGAGAGAGGUUGAGGAGACAAGGAGACACCCGGUCUCUGUGACCUCCUCACUGACUGACUGACAGAGAGAGAGAUGGAGUGGGUUAGGAUGAGGUGGGCUGGGCAAGCUAGGGCUGAGCUGGGUGGGACCUGGUUCGUGUGUGUGUGUGGACCGCAGCAUACCGAGGGCAGGCUCAUUAAGCAGCUAAUCAAAGCCAGAGUUAUGGACCAGAGAUGAGGCAGCUCUUGUUAGGAAACUAUUUAACUGCUCGCCACAAGAAGGAGGGAAAGAAAGAGGGCUGGAUGGGGUGAGAGUGGGGAGAGCGAUCAGUCAAGAAUGUGUCAAAGCGUGUCCUACUGCGCCCCUUGUUCCCCCUUCUCUCUGUGUGUGUUUGCGUGUGCAUGAUUUGUGUCCACAGUCCUGAUCCCAAUGCUCUGGUUGUCCCUGUCUGGCAGUAAUCAGAACCUUUAGGAAAGUCCCUGAUCUAAAAGCAGGGAAAGAGGGAGGGAGAAAGGAAAAAGGGAGAAAUGGAUCCAUGCUAAAAUUCCUCAAGAGGAGAGAAAAGCUCACUAUCCCUGGCCACAGCGGAACAGAGCGAGAAAAGAGAGAGGAAAAGGGGGAUGUGAGUGACUGGUUACAAUCCAGCCAUUGUAAAGCAGUAAGAGAGAGGGGGGGGGGAGUGAGAGCCUCCUACUGGCCCCCCUAACUAACACUAACCCUUCUGGCUGUCCGACCAACACCAUCUCCAGCAGCAUCUGGUCUCCCAUCCACAGAUCAACCAGGCCCAGCCCUACUUAGCCUACAGACAGAGGAGAUCUCAUGAGAUAUGUGGUCAGGCUGCUAUCCAGAACACUCAGACAGCUUUAGAUUGGAGACAGACAAAUAUACUGCGAACACACACCCGCACCACCAACAAUACCAGUUUAGAAAACAUGAGAGAGGGAGAAACAAAAGGACAGGAACACAGAGUGAUUAAAGAGAAUGUUUAACAGAUGUGUGUGUGGUGUGUUUAACAGAUGGGUUUUAGACCGCUCCAGAUUCCUGCGUCUGUUAGACGCAGCGGGGUCUCCCUGACAGAGAGAGAGAGGGAAAGAGAGAGAGAGAGGGGGGGGGGGGGUGAUGAAUAAUGUGAGGGGAAAAAGAAGCUCUGUGGAUGAGUGAGUUUAGUUAUUCAUUGUGUGUGAAUGUGUGUGUUCCAGCUGUGAUAGCAUGCCCUGUGUGAGACCUAUGGUGUAGUCGUGUGUAUGCAUAUGGCAUGCAACCUCAAACCUGGAGAGGAAGGUGACUGCUUCAUUGUAUCUGUUAUAAUUGUUGGAACCUAUAUAAGGACUAGAGGUUCCUGGACUAGAGGUUCCUGGACUGCUGGCUGGGUGAUGUAGUUUGAUGAGGUAGCUGACAGUAUGCAAUGUAAUUGUAGGAACGUGUAUAAGGACUACAGGUUCCUGGAGCUGGCGUUUGGCUCUCAGGAGGAGGUAGACAGCUGGAAAGCUUCUCUGCUGAGAGCCGGAGUCUAUCCUGAGAAAGUCACUGUGAGUACCUCCUGACCCUAACUCUAAACCUGACUCUAACCUCUAACCCUAAAACCAUAAUCUAUAAAGUAACUGUGAAUAUCCUAACCCUGACCCCUUACCUCGAACCCUGACCCUAACUAUAACCUACACCUGCCCUUAUUCUCAGCCUGGCUACCCUUCACCUCUCCCCUCCUCUCUCCUACCUCGUUCCCCCAUACUACCCCCUCCCCUUGCCUUCUGUCGUUGGCUGCUCACAGGUUCCCAUCCUAAACAGUUCGGAACACAUUGUGUGUGAAUGUGUGUGUUCCAGCUCUGAUAGCAUUCCCUGUGUGAGACCUAUGGUGUAGUUGGGCAACGGUGUCUAGAUGAAAUUUGUAUUUGUGGUCCUGGCAACCUGACCUUUUUUGGAACACCAUUAUUUUUGUCUUCCUGAGAUUUACUGUCAGGGCCCAUGUCUGACAGAAUCUGUGCAGAAGAUCUAGGUGCUGCUGUAGGCCCUCCUUGGUUGGGGACAGGAGCCCCAGAUCAUCAGCAAACAGUAGACAUUUGACUUCAGAUUCUAGUAGGGUGAGGCCAGGUGCUGCAGACUGUUCUAGUGCCCUCACCAAUUCUGUGAUAUAUCUUUUGAAGAGGGUGGUGCUCAAGCUGCAUCUCAGUCUCACCCCAUGGCCCUGUGAUUUUUUUGUUGUUGUUGUUGCCAAUUUUAUCUGCACACUUGUUUGUGUACUUGGAUUUUAUAAUGUUGUAUGUGUUUCCCCCAACACCACUUUCCAUCAAUUUGUAUAGCAGACCCACAUGCCAAAUUGAGUCAAAAGCUUUUUUGAAAUCGACAAAGCAUGAGAAUACUUUGUUUUUGUUUUUUUGCCAAUUAGGGUGAAUAUGUGGUCUGUCGUAUGGUAAUUUGGUAAAAAGACAAUUUGACAUUUGCUCAGUACAUUGUUUUCACUGAGGAAAUGUACUAGUAAUGCAGAGGAUUUUCCAAAGGUUGCUGUUGAUGCAUAUCCCACGGUAGUUAUUGGGGUCGAAUUUGUCUCCACUUUUGUGGAUUGCGGUGAUCAUCCUCAGUUCUGGCAUCUUCCCCAAUAUUUGGAACCAAGGACUGAUCACCCCAAUCCACAAAAGUGGAGAGGAGGAUGAUGUUAAAAAGUUUAAGUAUAGCCAACUGGAAUUUGUGGUCUGUAUAUUUUAUCAUUUCAUUUAGGAUACCAUCAACACCAAAGGAUUUUUUGGGUUGGAGGGUUUGUAUUUUGUCCUGUAGUUUAUUUAAUGUAAUUGGAGAAUACAGUGGGUUCUGGUAGUCUUUAAUAGUUGAUUCUAGGAUUUGUAUUUGAUAUGUAUAUGAGCACAUGUGACAGACGUGACAGAGUCUGGAGACGCCGUGGAGAACAUUCUGCUGCCUGCAACAUCCUCCAGCAUGACCGGUUUGGCGGUGGGUCAGUCAUGGUGUGGGGUGGCAUUUCUUUGGGGGGCCGCACAGCCCUCCAUGUGCUCGCCAGAGGUAGCCUGACUGCCAUUAGGUACCGAGAUGAGAUCCUCAGACCCCUUGUGAGACCAUAUGCUGGUGCGGUUGGCCCUGUGUUCCUCCUAAUGCAAGACAAUGCUAGACCUCAUGUGGCUGGAGUGUGUCAGCAGUUCCUGCAAGAGGAAGGCAUUGAUGCUAUGGACUGGCCCGCCCGUUCCCCAGACCUGAAUCCAAUUGAACACAUCUGGGACAUCAUGUCUCGCUCCAUCCACCAACGCCAUGUUGCACCACAGACUAUCCAGGAGUUGGCGGAUGCUUUAGUCCAGGUCUGGGAGGAGAUCCCUCAGGAGACCAUCCGCCACCUCAUCAGGAGCAUGCCCAGGCGUUGUAGGGAGGUCAUACAGGCACGUGGAGGCCACACACACUACUGAGCCUCAUUUUGACUUGUUUUAAGGACAUUACAUCAAAGUUGGAUCAGCCUGUAGUGUGGUUUUCCACUUUAAUUUUGAGGGUGACUCCAAAUCCAGACCUCCAUGGGUUGAUACAUUUGAUUUCCAUUGAUAAUUUUUGUGUGAUUUUGUUGCCAGCACCUUCAACUAUGUAAAGAAAAAAGUAUUUAAUAAGAUUAUUUCAUUCAUUCAGAUCUAGGAUGUGUUAUUUUAGUGUUCCCUUUAUUUUUUUGAGCAGUGUAUAUAAUCUCGCUCUCCUCCUUCCUCCCUCCAUAGGUAAAGGAGUACAUUAGUAUUGACCUCCUGGUGCAGCUCUACUCUCUAACAGAGAAGUGUGUGUUGAUGGAUGAGUCUCCAGAGCAGGAGCAGAUGAGAGAGGAGGUGCUGAGGACUCACUCUGCCUUGAAGGAGGCGCUGGCCAUCAUCGGAGACAUCUCUACCUCCACCUGCUCCACUCCUCUACCUCCUCCUGUUUACUCCUCCUGGCUGCAUGGAGCCCCUGGGACCAGCCGCAGGUAACACACACCAUAACUCUAACCCUCUUCCCCCAGGUCUCCCAGUCCUACAGCUCUAGCGCCUAAGCGUAUAGCCGCUGCUCCCAGAGCCCCGCCCUCCACCAGAGGCCCCGCCCUUAUGACCCCACCAGUCCCCCUCCCGUGCUGCACCUCAUCCUCAUGGACCAACCAGCAACAACGCUGAUGCCAACUAGUCUCCACCAGGCGGACUUAUCAGACCACCCCCCAAUGUACCCAGGUAACCAUGACGAUGAUGUUCGGGGCAGCAGGUAGCCUAGCGGUUAGAGCGUUGGGCCGGUAACCUAAAGGUCACUAGUUCAAUUCCCCGAGCUGACAAGGUGAAAAAUCAUGCCCUUGAGCAAGGCACUUAACCCUAAUUGCUCCAGGGUCGCCGUUGAUAAUGGCAGACCCUGGCCAUGACCCCAUCCUCUGAGGAUGUCUCGGGGAGUUGGGAUAUGCAAAAAACACACUUCAAAUAGGACAAAUAUAAGCACCAACCUUAUUAAACUUCAUUUAUUUGCAAUUUGUUGGAAUUCUCUAAUGCUGUGGUACCUCAAGCACGCACACAGGCACGCAUGCACACACACACAGCUAAACAUUGGGCUGCAGAUAGAGAGAGGUUAUUUGAGCUGGGGUGGGGGUCUGUUGGAAAAUGUGUUUUUCAUUUAUUUCCUAUCAACCCCAGUUUACAGACCCUUUCUAUUUCUCACCUCUAUCUCGCUCCAUCUCAACCUCACUUUCUCCUGGCAUGGAUUUGUUUGACUGCUUUCCAUUUUUCCUAAUGCAAUCUCUCUCCCCGCUCCUCCACUUCUCUUCCUCCACUCAUUCCUCCCCUGCUUUUGGGCUGUACAUAUUUUUUUUCUGCCUACUUUCCUCUCCAACCAUUCUUUUGGGCCUCACCCAUCAUCCCGCUUUCCUUCUCAAGCCCCUCCCUAACUCUCCCUCCAUAACUCACCCUCUCUUUUCCUCCAGAGUGCACACUAUGCUUUAGGAGAUCUAUGGUGUAUUGUUUUUUUGGUAAAUAAUUUAUAGUACUGUAAUACUUUAAAAUACAUCAGUAUGUGUGUCCUGUAUUAAUGGUCUCUCCUCUCUGUCCCUCUCCAGGAGGCAACCCCCAGCUGUCCCCAUGAAACAAUCGCACUGACCCCUCCCCUCAACACAACCCUGCUUCUGAUUGGACAACCCCAUCAUACAGCCUAUAUAAUAAUAAUAAUAAUAAUAUCAAUUAUGUAUUAUUUUUCUCAUUUUUUAAAUGCCUUUAACUAAUUUCCCAAAUCCCAAACAUACUUCUAUCCCCUACAUCCCAGACACUUGCAUAGAUCUGAAAUGAUUGGAUAGGUGUAAUCAAUGUGUGAUAAUUCCUUCUAGUCUAUCAGAGGGAAAGGUGGAGCUAUCACCAUAUUGAUAAUUUCUACCCAAUCCAUGCAAGUGAAGGGCCAUUCCAAACUCAAAUAUCCCACUACCAUUUUGCCUGACUUUUACCCAGAGCCUGUCAAUGAGCCAUCUAAUCUGUAAUAGAGACCACUCCUCACCUUCUCUCCAUCUUUGUUUCAUUCCCUUUUUCCCUCCCCUUCUCUGGGGAAUCCUCUGUAGUCGACUCCCCCAACCCGUCUGCUAGUGAGAACCAAGGUGGCCUUGUGACUGUUUUGUACAUAUGGUAAUGUCUACAAAUGUUGGAAUGCGUGUGUGUUACCACGAGUGAGCUUUGUGUAAAUAUACAAUUUUGUGUAAAUACAAACAAUAUAAACCACUUUUUAUGGUUUUAAACAAACAGGGUUUACAUUUUCUUUGACUUGAAAUAGGCUAGGAAUGGUAAGCCUAUUAGCUUCUUGUUGCACACUUUUGAGUCCUGCCGUGAGCCCCUUUACAGAUGUAUUUGAUCUAUCCAUAAAUGAUCAAACAGAUCUGACAAUUUGAUAAUUCCACUCAGCGUGCCAAAAGAGGGGCAGAAUCCUAUCAAAUAUAUAGCCACGCUUUUAUCAGUAUACAAAGCCAUCCAGCAAUGAAAUGUCACCCUUUCAUUUGCCAAUAAAUGUUACUACAUUGCCUGAGGAAAGCAGAGGUCAAGUAGGGGAGUGCCUGGGGGAGAGAGGGACAAUCCACUUGGCUGAACUCAGUCAAUGAUCAACUCACCAUGGAGCAACAAGACUGACCACAGCCCUGGAACAAGACCAGCACCAACCAUGUCAGGCCUGGGAAAGGCGAUGUGAAGGUACUGCUGACAUCAAGUGGAUUUAGUACAGUACUGCAUGCAUGUAGCUCGUGUUUCCAAACAGCAACAUUCUGACCUCAGGCAACAGUAACACAAUCCACUGAAUCAAUUCAUCACACCUGUAAAAUAGCCCACUCAAGUUUUUAUGAGUUAAUGCCUGCAUGACUUGAAAGUUUGCCCCCUUGUGAAGCUGAAUAGCUUUAAUUAAAUAAUUGCUACUUACCAAUAAAAUGAAUAAAUAUAGCUAAUACUACCAUGAUAUGAUAAACAAAAUAACUUUAUUAUUCCAAAGCUGCAUUUAACACCUGACCGUACAACAGGUUAAAAUCAUUACAUUUACAUUACAUUUUAGUCAUUUAGCAGACGCUCUUAUCCAGAGCGACUUACAGGUAGUACAGGUUGAAUAUUUCCUAUUUAAUUCAACAUGGUCGCAAUCUACCAUGCCUCAGAGCCCUUGGUUACUAGACACACAUGUUUAGAAGUUGUAUAAAUUGUUUAAAAAAAAAGGUCCUUUCCUAGUGGUGGAAUCUGAGCAAAGUGUCUUCAGUAGGCAGCAAAGAGCUUCAGUUCCCAGCUGAGAAAUCCUCUUCUGUUAAAAUAGGAGCAACAGCUUUCUAUAAAGUGUUUUCAGGAUGCCACUCAUCCUACCAGUAUGGUAGUUAAGGAGGACAUUCCCUUACCGUCCUCCUUUACCCAUCAAUGGAGAAAGCGUGUUAGGUCCUCUCGUAUCUCGGCUUCAUCCCAGGGUCCCUGGAUGUUAUCUUUGUCACUCUGCAGUCGGAUCAACAGUAGGGGACACAGCAGGGUCACAGUCCCCAACACUGCAGCCAACAGCACAGCCCCCCCAGGCCACAGAGAGCCAAGCCCCCCCACCCCACACACACCUACCAGCACACACACACCCCCAAACCCCCGCGGGGCACGGUCUCUCAGCCGCUGCAGCAGGCAAGGCCAUAGGGCAAACACUAACAGGGCCCAGCAGAGCAUGGUGAAG